AUGGCACCCAUGCAGCGGCUAGCCACGUGCUUCUUCUUGAUUAUUUCUCCGGGGGCUGUCCUUGGCCAAUCCUCCUCAAUCCCUGAUGUCGAACCUGCAGCUGCUUUCGUCCCAGCCACUCCAGUAGCAGGCGCACCUCUUCAAGAAGCAGAGACCCUACAGUUGACGGAUGCCGUCAUUGAGCGGCUCGUAACCGAGCAGGGUGUUUCCGAGUAUGCGGAAUACUUCGCGUUCGACGACAGCACCGCUGCUAGUGAUGCGCGUGUACGACGCGCAGCUUCAGCAUCUUGCAAGACGUUUCCUGGAGACUUGGCGUGGCCCAAGGAAAUUGUCUGGGACAUUUUCAACGUCCUUUUAGGCGGGGCACUCAUCCCAACUAAGCCUAUUGCUGCCUCAUGCUACGAUUCGAAAUGGGGAAAGAAAGACGGUGCAAGGUGUACGGAAGUUGCCAACAAAUUCACGGAUCCGCUAUUCCAUCAUGCAGAUCCUACAUCAAAUAUGUGGCCCAUCUUUCAGGGUAGGACAUGUAUGCCUAAGAAUGACACUGACGGCAAAUCGUGCACACUGGGCGGAUAUCCUGAGUACGCAAUCAAAGUCACCAACGUGGCGCAGAUUCAGCUUGCCAUCAAUUUCGCAAGAGCGACCAACCUUCGUCUAGUCAUCAAGAACACUGGUCAUUGCUAUCUGGGAAAGUCCACUGGUGCCGGAGCAUUGAGUUUAUGGAUGCACAACAUGGACCAAAUCGACUAUCUCCCCAACUACAAAGGUCCGGGCUAUUCUGGACCGGCUUUCAAGGUUGCUGCUGGAGUUACCGUUAGGCAAAUCUAUGAAGCUGCAGACAAAUACGAUGUUACUGUUCUCGGUGCCGUUUCAUGGAGCGUUGGGUGGGCUGGUGGUAUGAUCACUGGUGGUGGGCAAAAUCCUCUUGCCGGUGUUUACGGGAUGUCAGCCGACCAUGUUGUCGCAUUUCAGGUUGUAACAGCUAAUGGUCGCUUCAUCACUGUAUCCGAAGCUUCGAACCCUGACUUGUUCUGGGCGCUUCGAGGUGGCGGUGGCGGUACUUUCGCCGUCGUCGUAUCGGUCAUCGUUCGCGUGCACCCCAAGAUAAACGUCGUUACUGCAGGCUGGUAUCUCGAUGCUUCGAACAAUAGCCUUGAAGACUUCUGGAAGGGUACUAAGAAGUUCUAUGAGGUUUUCCUUGACUGGGCAGAGUCAGGCAUAUAUAGCUUCUUCAUUAUGGGCAACCAGCCUAAGCCAUUCCUCAGCAUGGCGUACCUUUUCGCAGCAAACCAUACUGCGGAAUCAUAUGACAAGGUCGUAAAGCCAUUCUUCGACUACCUGGACACGAACAACAUCACGCUUACGAAACCUCAUACAAGCGUGGCACACAACAACUUCUACUCCGCUUACCAGGCAGCUUGGGGCUCUAACAGCUUCCCUAUCGGUCUGGAUAACUCGCUUCCGGCUAAUCGCAUCGUCCCUCGACGCAACUUCCAGGAAAAGUUCAAUGAGACUUAUGCACUGAUCAAGGAACAUGUCUCUGCUGGCAAACAUCUCCUUGGCUACCACAAGACUCCUGUUAAGUACGCAAAUACCAACAACGCCAUUAGCCCAGCAUGGCGCGAAUGCGGCAUGUUCAUGGUUACCUCAUCGAACAAGUCGAUGGAUCACUCCACACCUGAGGCACUCAAACUCGCGAACAAAGAUCUACAGGAAAACAUCCUCCAGCCCUGGCGCGAUAUCUCACCAGUUUCCGAGGGUGGUGGCACAUAUCUCAACGAAGCCAGCGUCGAAGAGCCCGACUGGCAAGAGUCGUUCUAUGGAGGUUACUACCCGAAGUUGAGUCAGAUAAAGAGGAAAUGGGACCCUACUGAUGUUUUCUACGCGACCACUGCUGUUGGAAGUGAGCGAUGGGUAGUUAAAGAUGGAGAGCAGGGUGUUCAAACCCAAAAUGGAAGGCUGUGCAGGGUUUGA